AUGCCACGAUCGUCGAUCUUCCUCCAACCAACACCGCCGCCGUUGAUCGGCCGGUACCUGCUGCUGUUGUGCUUGAUAACGUUGGUCAUCAACCCUGGCCGGGUCUCGGCGACCGGCAGCUGCGCCGAGUCCAAGCUCUGCUGUCCGGGCCGCGACUCGGCCUGCGUCGUCCAGAAAACGUCGCCCUCCAACGCCAUCGUCCAGCAGCAUAAUCAACAAUCGUAUCAUCAGCAGCAACAGCUGCUCGGCGACAAGCCCUGCUACUGCGAUCACGCCUGCCUCAAGCUCGGCGACUGCUGCGGCGACUUCAAGGAGGCUUGCGGUGUACUGGACUGCGUGGUGUCGGCCUGGGGCCCCUGGUCGGACUGCGACAGCGAGUGCGGCCCCGGCGCCCAGACGAGGACGCGCCUGGUCGAGCGCGGCCCCGAGAACGGCGGCAAGCACUGCCCCCAGCUGGCCCAGCGACGCGGCUGCCAAGGCGUCAAGUGCCACAGGCGCAAUCCCAAGUCGGCCCUCAAAGAAGUGGCGCUACUGCUGCCGGCCGAGCUGAGCGACGUGCGGCACGCCAACGACAGCAACGACAUCAGGACGAAUCUGCGCUAUCGCUACGUCGAGGAUCCGGAGCACGAUCUGACCAGAGAGUACUGCGUGACGUUCACCGUGACGAAAGCUUCCAAAGCCUGUUACAAGGAGCCGAGUCUUUCGCAAUUUAUCGAAGGUGCCCGGGUCUGCGUGCACUGCCAGACGCAGGCGCUGCGCCGCGAGCUGGACUGGCGAUGCGAGGGAGACGGCGGCACCGAGGCCAUGAUCACGCGCUGGAGCAUGCUGAGCUUUCCCCACUGCCACGGCAAGUGGCUGCGCACGAGGAAAACCGGGCCCGAGUGCUCCAGCGCCGAGCUCUGCCAGCCGAGGCCCCAUUACAUAUUCGUCUGAGACGACGGAGAGCCGCCGCUGCUGCUGCUGCCUGCCAUCCGCGAGGACAAUGACGAGGACACGAUUUUUAUCAUUGAUUAACGCACUUUUAUUCGUUGGAGUUCAUUUUGUAUUUUUUUUUUUGUAUUAUCGAUAAAAGAGGGAACAAACCGUUCGUUGACUUUUUUUUGGGUUUUUGGAAGAUGCGAGGGAGAAAAUUUAGAAUUACUUACGGUCAAUUGCAGGCUCUUCUAUGAUGUAACACGAUUGUUGAAUAUGAUUACGAUGAUAUAAUAUAGAUCCUAUGAACUGAGAAUAUUUUGAGUUCGGCGAUUCUCCUGUUUCUUUUUAUAAUCAUAUUUUUAUAAAAAACACUGUACAAAAGUUCGAAAAUCUCACCGAUGUGUAUAUGAAGGACAGAAAAAAAAAAUUAUUUCACUAUUCCGCGAGUUAUAAACUGUAAAUGUGUAUAAUCGCAACCGGAUUUUUCUAUCCUACUAUUAACUACAUUAUGAUUGUGACUCGAUGUUUGUAAAGAAAAAUAUGAAAUAUUACUUUGUGCAAUUUGAUAAUUAGGAAAAAAAAUUCAUCGAUGAUCUUUACACCUUGUUCGAUUUCGAGAACAGAAACAAAAUAAAGAGAGAGAGAGAGAGAGAAAAAAAGAAAAUACAAUAUAGAUA